AUCGCGUGUGUGUGUGCAUUUCGCGUAUCGUAAUCAAGUUUCAUGCCACAAGAAUAUAUUUCAAGUGAAAAUCAAAAAUUUCCAACUAAAAAAGCCUCAGCUGGGUGGCAGCAGCCGCAGCCGCAACAAGGCAACGUGUGCAUGUGUGCGUAUGUGAGUGCGUGAGUGUGAAUACGAGUGUGUGUGUGUGAGUGAGCGAGUGCAAGACUGUGUGUGUGUGUGUGUGUGUGUGCGUGCGUGAGUGUGUGUGCCGUUUGUGCAAGUUUUUGGGGUCUGUCGGGUGCUCGUUUUUGAAAGAGGAGUUGAAAAUAGAAGAAGAAGCGAGUUGUGUCUUUAACUGUGUUUGUGUGUGAGUGUGUGUGUGUUUGUGUGCCUCUGUGUGUGGAAUUCUUGAUAAUUCCCCAACAUACGUUACCAUGGAAUAUUACCUAGGAGGUUACGUCUAUAUGAAUGGAGAUGCAGUCAAAAUUCAACCGCCUGUUUAUCCCAAUGUUCCUGUUGAAACGGCUAUGUUAGCCACAAAUCUGUUUGGUACCACAACCCAAAUUGCAGCUCCGCAACCAGCAGCAGCAGCCGCUCACAUACCGUUGAUCACAGCCGCUGCAGCAGGAGCAACAGGAGUAACAGGAACAGUAGCAGCACCACCAACAGUACAGCCCGCGCAGCAUCCACAACAACAACAGCAACCACAACAGCAUCCACAUCAGCAACAGCAGCAGAUCAUCUCUCAUACGCACGCCCACGCUGUGGCAGUUGCCGCUGCAGCUGCCGCACAGCAACAACAGCAAUCAACGCAGACCAUCCAAACGGCAGUUACGCCGGGCCAAGUGCAUCUGCAGACGCACCCAGCACAGCAUUUGCAGCAGCAGCAGUACGGCCACCAUCCGGCUCAGCAGCCGACGCUGCCGUCCAGUGGCGAUAGCAUUCAGGCAAAUCACGCAAUCGACAAUACUGAAUACGCCAUCAUGAAUGGAGCCAUUGCUCAGACUCAAGAUGGCAACCUGGUCUGCUAUACAACAGAGGCCCUCGUACCUGGCGUAAACAAUACGAAUUUAGUUGCACUCGAGCAGCAGCAGCAGCAACAGCCAGAACUUAUCCCACAACAGCAGCAGCUCGCCGCUGAUGAAUGUGGAAUGCCAUUGGACAAGCUAAAGCAGAUGCUGGCCACACAGCUGGACUACUACUUUUCCAGAGAAAAUCUGGCAACCGAUACUUAUCUGCUGUCUCAAAUGGACAGCGAUCAAUAUGUGCUCAUCAAGACAGUGGCCAAUUUUAAUCUUGUUAAGAAACUAACAAAGGACAUAAAUUUGAUUACCGAGGUGCUGCGCGAAUCACCCAACGUCCAAGUGGAUGAUGAAGGUUUGCGCGUGCGCCCCAACCACAAGCGUUGCAUCAUCAUUUUACGUGAAAUAUCCGACAACACACCACUCGAUGACGUCAAGGCGCUGUUCAGCAGCGAGAACUGCCCACGACCCAUUGCCUGUGAGUUUGCAGCGAAUAACUCCUGGUAUAUCACAUUCGAAUCGGAUGAGGAUGCCCAACAAGCUUUCAAGUAUUUGCGAGAGGAAGUCAAAGAGUUUCAGGGAAAGCCCAUAAUGGCGCGCAUCAAGCCCAAAUCGUUUAUCAAUAGAAGAGCUACUGUACCAAAUAUCAAAAACGGGUUUCGUCUCAAUUCACCGCCAACGGCCACAGUGUAUGACCCGGCAGCCGCAGCAGGAGCUGCUGCGGCCGCCGCUGCUGUUAGCUACAGUGCGGCACCACAACGUUUCGUCUAUGCGCCCAAUGGUGCGCCCUUAACGACAGCUGCGGUACCGUAUAACACACAGGUGUUGAUUCCCUUUCAGCAGCAACAAUUCUAUACAGGGCUAAUGGCUGCUCCGUGGCAACCGACCACCGUAGCAGCAGCCACAGCGGCGCAGGGCCAAAAUUUUUAUGAAUUUGGUGGCAAUAUAUUUGCUGCCAAUGGCCUGGCACCGCAGGCCGUUGCCGCCAAUUUCGCAACUGCACCACCGCCGCCUACCCCACAAAUUGUCAGCAACAAGCCGCAGGGCGGCGGCGGUGGUGGUGGCGGACGCUACAACAGCAAUCAUCGCGGCAAUCCUAACAAUCUGAGCGGUGCUGGAAGUGGAGGACCACGUGGCGAGCCGCGCUCGAAACCACCGCGCAAUACCCAGCAACCGCAGCAGACUCCAUCACAUAAUAUUAUAAUGCCGACUGCUGUACGUGUGGUGCCAGCUGCCGUACUUGAUCCACUCCAGCAAGUACCUCUCCAGCAGCAGCAACAACAACAGCAGCAGCAGCAGCAGGUGCAACAGCAGCACCAGCAGCAACCUGCAAGCCAGCAGGUGCAGCAGCAGCCGCAACAAAUGGUGGCUACCAAUUCAGCUGGCUCCGCGCGUUAUCCAGUAAAAAAUAACUGGAAGGGUGGCAUGCAAAAGAAUCUGGAUAAGAACUAUGGCAAUCAUUACCACUACAGCAGCCAGGUGCCAACUAUACCCAGCAGCCAUACUCACCAUCAGUCACAGCAGCAACAACAACAACAGCCACAAGCCCAUUUUAUAUUCCCAGCGGCCAGCACGACGCACUCCACCUAUGCGGCUAGCUCACAGGCAGCGCUCACACCGCAGCCUAGCCAGCAGCCACAGCAGCAGCAGCCACAUCACCCACAUAUGGUGGUGCAUGCGGCUCAGCCCGUUGAGCUGCAGGAGGCAACGGCCAAUGAAAAUGUUGUUGUGGAACACGCAGCCACCUCGCAGCACGGUCGAAGCAACAUGUCAGCCAGCUCCUCCUCAUCGCUGGCCACUUCCAUCGGCGGCAAGGAUGCGCCGCAGCCGAUGCAUUGGCAAACGCGGCCGAGACGCCGCCGACGUGAUGAAGAUGGCAACGCCCUCAAUUAUUCGCCAGGCGGUCGUGUUAAUAUAUAUGGUGGUUCGCAGCAGCAGUUGCUCUCCUCAUCGUCCGCCUCAUCCACAAGCAACGUGCAGUCGACGAAUCGCGAGAGUCACUAUAACACUCAUGAGUCKCAGCAGCAGCAGCAACAGCCGGCACCGCCCCAGCAUCGCGGGAAUUACAAAGGCAACAAUUACAAUCCCAACUAUCAUGCUCAGCAGCAUGCGGCAUCCAUGGCGCAUCACCAUCAUCAUAGCAAUCACAAUCAUAGCGCACUGCCGUCUCAGCAACAACAGCAGCAGCAGCAACAUCAUGUGCCUGCUGCACAGCAGAGUUCGGGGCAUAAUUAUCAUCAUCAUCACCAUCAUAACUCGAUCGGCAGCAAUGUGGGCAACAGUGGCGGCUUAAGCGUUAGCAACAGCAGCAACAAUAAUAACAGCAACAACAAUAGUGGAGGAAACAGCAACAAUAUGUCGAACAACAUUGGAUCAAGUAACAGCAGCGGAGGAGGCGGUGCUGGCAGCAACAGUAGCGAGCGUGGCGGAUUGCAUCAUGGUAUCAGCAUGGGCUAUCAGGGUCACAAUUCGCAUCAGCAGCAGCUGCAACAGCAGCAGCAGCAACAGCAACAACAACAGCAGCAAUCAGCUGCUCCCGUACAACCGCCACAAUUUGAUUUGGAAGCUGCAGCUUUUCCGCCACUGCCUGCGACUUCGGCUCCGGCACAUGGAGCUCACCAUCAUCAUCAGCAUCAUCAUCAUAGUAACCAGGCUUCCAURCAUAGCUCUAACAGCAACAACUCUACGGCGAGCGGCGUAAGCCACAAGCCGCCUCCAACUCAAGCUCAUCAGCAAGGUCAGGCUGUAGCCGAGUGCAGUGGAGGAGGAGGCGAAGAACAGCGAUCAAGCAAUCAUCCGAAUACGGAGAGCAAUGCUAACAGCAAUACCUCCGGCAACUCGUCAACGGCUGUUGCUGCACCUACAGCUGCAAGCGGCAAUUGGGCAACUGAGAAUCGACUCGCCGAUGUCGUACGCACGGGCAAUAAAGGCAACAAGGGACGCAAGGAUGCUGCAGCUGCUGCUGCUGGAACACACAACAGACAACAACAACAUCACCAGCAGCAGCAGCAACAACARCAGCAUUUGCCUCAGCACUAUCAACAGCAGCAGCAACAGCAACAGCAACGUAAUCUGGCCAUUAGUCCCACGCCAGCAAUGGCCGUGGUGCCGGCUGAGGAGCCGUCACGCCCCUUGGGCAACAAUACUAAAAACUUUACUAAGCAGAGCUCUAGUAAUAACCCGAUCCAUGUGAUAAAGUGUAUAACACCAAAUAUCAAUGCCAGCAACAAGGCGACGACAACAACAGCUGGUGCUGUUGGAGAAGAUGGAGCAGGAGCCGGAGCGGCAGCAGUAGCAGCCACUGCUGCUACUUGUGGUGCUACUGUUGGCGCUGAUAAAUCAAACAAGACUGAGGAUGAGUUACAUCCAAUACACGGCAACAAGCAGCAACCGCGCUUAAUCGAGGGCUAUGGCCAACAGCAACAGCAACAACAACAACAGAUGACAAAUGACUAUGGGCAUAAUGUAUCGAUCUCGGGCGCUGGCGCCUGCCUAAACGAGUUGAGUCUGACCAGCCAGCACCACAAGAAGCAGCAGCAGCAGCAGCAACAGAUGCCCGCUGCCACCAAAAAGGAGCUCAAUAAGGAUGCCAGCAAACACAAAAGUGUCGCAACCUCCACUUCAAACUCCGCCUCCACUAAUUCAGUGUCAACGGAGAAUAUUGCAGCAGCAACAGCUUCCAAGCUGAGCUAUGCACAAGUGGCACAGCAUCACAAGGCCGCCUCGGAUAGUAAAGAUGGAGGCGCUUUAUCUCCUACAACCACGAGCCACAAGCUCGAGUUAGUCUUUGGUGAUGCCGUCGAUAAAAUCGCAGUGACUGUUACAACGGACAAGCGUUUGGCUGCAGCUCCAAAUGCCACGCAGGUGGGCAAAGGCUCUUCAGGCGGAGCUGUUGCUGUUGCUAACAAAGAAAAGGACACUGCUCAUUCGCGCGAGUCGCGUUCAAAUGCAGCGCAGGUUGCCGGCACAUUGCGUCCGCAGAGCAAGGAGAAACCAUCUCAACAGCAACAACAACAACAGCAACAUCAGCACUACGGAUCUGGYUCAUCCGCUGAUCAUAAUACGAACACCGGCGGCGGUGGGCGUAAAUCAAGAGCCAAUAACUCUUAAAAGCAAAGCAAGUCGCCGAAUCCGCGACAAAUGUGAAAUCGAAAUCUUUGCUAGCUUUGAUGCAGUGUAUAUAUAUUUUUAUAGCUGUAUCAUUAAAAAGCUAACCCCAUCAUACAACUAUACCCCCUUCUGUACAUAAAUUCCAUGUGUAAAUACAAGCAAACGCCGUUUUUUGUUAUAUAUCUAUAAGCGCAUAUAGAUAUAUUUACGAGCUAACCAAGGAGGCAUAUAUAAGUUGUCGUCGCGCUACAGUGAUUGAAGGGCGACCAGCUUGGACCAGUUAUCAUAUAAUAUUAUUAAAGAGUAGGCAAAGGAAUAAUGGUGCAUAACAUUAAUGAAAACAAACACACAGACUCACUCACUCACACACACACACACACA